AUGUUAGAAGAUGUUGCAUACUCAUCAAAAGGUGCUAUUGUAACAUAUGCGAGAUGGAGUUUGAGUUGGCCUAUAAAUAUCUCGCUUGUACAAGCUCUAGAGCCUAACAAAUACAAUGGUAUAAUCAAAAUGAAGGGCAAGAUUGAGGCCAAAAUGAACAAAACCCUCUCCGGAGCACCAAAAGGAAAAAUCAGCCAAGCCGAGAUACAUUCGAAAGUAAGCGUUUUCACCAGCAAGCCACUUCCAUGGAUCCAUAGCAACAGAGAGCAGGAGCUCCCCAGCGUGGUCCUCCUCCUCAAACCGGAAAUUUCUCUCCAAUUCUCACCGUAUUCCUCUCCUUCAUCGCCAUCUUCGCCUUGCCGAUCCAUCUUGCACCAAGUCCCAGAAGGUCAUGUUGGGGUAUAUUGGAGGGGAGGUGCCCUUCUAGAGACAGUUACGGAUCCAGGUUUUCAUCUAAAGGCCCCUCUGAUAACCCAGUACGAGCCUGUUCAGGUGACACUUCAGACAGAUCAGGUUAGGGAUAUCCCGUGUGGUACGAAAGGAGGUGUCGUGAUUAACUUUGAGAAAAUCGAGGUUGUCAAUCGGCUUCGUAAGGAAUAUGUAUAUGACACACUACUGAACUAUGGCGUGCAAUAUGACCAUACGUGGAUAUAUGACAAGAUUCACCAUGAAAUCAAUCAGUUCUGCAGCUCUCAUACUCUUCAACAAGUUUAUAUUGAUGUUUUUGAUCAGAUUGAUGAAAAGAUGAAAGAUGCUCUUCAAGGCGAUUGCACACGUUAUGCUCCUGAAUCGAAGUCAUAA